ACCCUACUCACAAGUACUAGAUUAUGCUUCUUUAGUGAAAUGGCUAAGGUAACCUCAAGCUUAAUACGAGCGUGGACGUUAUAAAAUAUGAUAUAUGAUUAUAUCUAAAUCAUUUUGAUAUUAGUUCUAGCAAUUAGUAAAGUAGCUCAGUACAGUAACAAAACCCUUCUUUUCUCUCUCCUUUCUGGCUCUGCAUCAUCUUCAUCCAUGUAAAAGCAGAAAGAAGAACAAGCUCUCACCAUCCCGGAUCAAGUUUCUUUCACUGGGGUUUAGCAAGAAAAGAUUUUUCUUUCACCAACCCAGAAUGGGAAAGAUCUGCCUUGAAGUUUGCCUGAUUUCAGCUCGCGGGCUAAAGCAGUCCACAAUCUUGUGGAACCGCCAUUGGUUUGCCGUGGGAUGGACAGAUCCGAAAAACAAGUACUGCACGAAGAUAGACACUUCAGGGACUUCAAACCCAGUUUGGAAGACCAAGUUCUCGACUUUACUUGGCAGUGACAACAGCUCGCAAACGCCAGCUCUUCAAGAUCUGGUAUUGCAGGUUGAAGUUUACAGCAGAGACCCCGUUUUCUUGACAGAGAAGCUUCAGGGGACAGCUAAUAUCGCUUUGAGAGAGUUUCUGGUGACGUUUCACAGAAAGAGUGAAGCUUCAAGGUCAGUGAAUGGUGAAGUGGGGAGUUAUCAGUUGAGGAAGAAAAGUUCAGGCAAGCCCUGGGGAUUUGUGGAUGUUUCCAUUCGUGUGUCCAAGGAAGGAGAUGAACCCAGUUUUUAUACAGGUAAUGAAGGAGGAAUAGUGCUCAUGGGCAAUAACAACCACCUUAUAGACUUGGGCAACUUGGGCAGUGAGAAUGCAUUAGCUCCAGCUUUCCCAACUGGGCCAACACCGUUGCCUCUUGCCGCUCACAAGCAACAAAACCGACAGAAACCGGAACAACCGUACACGCACCCCACUCCUUUCCCCAUGAACUAUGCUGACCACCGCGUUGGAGGGCCAAGCUACACUCCGGCAAGUGGCCCGAGCUAUCGAGGCCCUUUUCUAACUCCUCAUCCUCCUGCAUUGGGCGCACCUCAAAGGGCUGGUUAUUUGCCUGCCACCCUUGCAAGACCGGAUUAUAACUCAGGGAGCUACAUAAACAUGCCAUCUUCUGGAGGAGCGAUAGGGCGUGGCGGGGUUGGACGCGGUUUUGGACUGGGAAUAGGAGCUGGAGCGGCGGCAGCAGGUGGGGCCAUCAUGUAUGGUGACAGUCUUUUCUCAGGACUCGAUGUCCCUGUGGGGAUGCAGGAUCCCAGCCUCGCCAUCUCCCUGGAUCCUCUUUUCUGAUCAACCAGUAAAUUAAGCUCCUGUGGGCUGUAUCUGUAUUUACCCUGGUAGUAGGAGUUGCCUGCAUACCAAGUUUUGUUUUCUUAGAUUGAUUUGUUUGUAUAUAGUAAGGUUGUUGCGGCAGUUACCGCUGAAGUUUCUUGUUUCCACAUUAGAGGUACCAACAGCUGCUUCUUCUGUUCUUGGUACAUAAAGAGGUAAGGGUUAGACUCGA